GGCACUGAAAUUGGGAUUAAGUGCCUCGUUCAAUGUCUUUAUGGCUGAUUUCUGCUGCUGGGUGAACUAGUUGGCGAGAACAACUCCUGGGGAGCCAAUUUGUGAAUUAUGGAGUCAUAUAGAAACAGUCCUUUCAUCCCACCCAGUCAGCAACAACCAUCUGUUUACACUAAGCCUACUUAUUCUUCCUACAGUCAUAUCAAUUCCCCCAGUUCUUAACUUCUCAUUGUAUCCAGACUGAACAAGGGAUCAAGUCUACCCAGUACGGAGAACUUAAGUGAUGAACACCAGCCUGCUGUUUCACAUCUGACCAUUCCUGGUGGAAGAAGACCUGCAGGUGGGAACACAAAGAGAGUGUGUCAGCAAGCCAUGUACAGCAUGGUGAAGUAUAAUGGUAAAUGUACUUUGUAAUGAAGGUUGGUUCUGGAUUAUUUUCUUGAAGGUGGACCUCGUUCGCGUUUAUCACCAGGUCGCUGUCUGCCGGAGUGACAUUCCUAGUACCGUUGUUUGGUUUGUUUGAGAGUCUUCCAAUGUCAUUCGGGCUGAAGAACGUGGCCUGACUUUUCAGCAUCUCAUGGACAGCAGUGUUUCACCACUGUGUGAUGUGUCAAUGGGGCGACCCAGGCCAAUAGUGCCAAUGAGCUGGCGAUGUGUUCCAUGGGCUUUCUCAUUCGGGCCGAAGAGCACCGCAGGUACUGGUGACAGGAAAGUCUGUGUGGCACGGGAUAAAGAAGGACCUCAGGGACUGACUGGGCUAGUGUUUGUUUGGCGAGUCAAUGUGAGAAGGUUCAUAGGGGCUUCUUUCCUAACUGCAGUCCCUGAGCUGCGCUUCGACCACAAGAACGUGGAUCGGGCUGGCCCAUUGCCCCUGUCCCGCGUGUUUACUCACCUCCCACAUCACACAAUAUCGUUGAUAGGACAACAUCCAUCUUGGCCGCGGAUCAUGGAUCGCUCGGUUCGGCCCCGUCAUAUAUCUGUUAAGACCGAGGGACGCAGUUUACGUCCAGGCUUUGGUGGGUGGUUGCCCGUGAUCGGGGGUCAGACUGCACCGGACCACGGCUCGUCACGCUCAGGCCAACGGUCUGUGCGGGUGGUUCCACCGUUCAAUGAAAGCCGCUGUCUGUGCAUGCCUCCGUGUGUGGACAGACUGCCAUGGGUCAUGUUGGACCUUCAGUCCUCUUCUGCAGAGCUCAUUUCUGGGCAACCCCUCUGGGUGCCAAACGGUUUCUCCCAACAUCCAUGGUCCCAUUAUCCGCUUCUCAGAGCAGUCGGCUUGUAUGGACAGCGCCAAAGUGUUCGCUCCAGUGGCCACGAUGCAGUAUGGCCUGCCACGGCCGCACCUGUUGCCGGGUCUGCGGGAGGCGAAAUCAGUGUUUGUGUGUCAGGAUGGACAUCAGGGUCCCCUGUGGCUGCUCGUGACGGCCCGUUCCGCACGUGGGAAGCGGGGGAUAAAUGUUUGGAGGUAUUCCGGACAGGGUUUCAGUGGAUUGUCUCAAGCCUGCCGAUUUGGACCUGGACUCUCUAGUGAAAACACCACAGCCUCCCACCUCCAGACUGUCUAACUUUGCCUGUUCCUCCCCGGCACCUGCCCGUGAAGGCAAGAGGAGGCUCGCUGAGUUUUGCGGGCCCCUGCUCGUUUGACUUUGCCUGCUAGGGUGAA